UCCGCUCCCAGCCCUCGGGACCCGCAUGCGAAGCGCACACCGCCCGCCGGAUAAGCACUGUCUAGUAACGCAACUGGACUACUUUUUUCUGUUUACAUUCGUUGUUGUUUUUAAGAUUUUGUUUUUGCACGAAACAUCGGGACAGAAACUGAUUCUAACUACAAAAUGGAGAACGACGGCAAAUAUCUCCCGGAGCUGCUGGCCGAGAAGGACAGCCUGGACGCGUCCUUUACGCACGCCAUGAAACUUUUAACCGCAGAGAUUGACAGAGUCCAGAAAGACGAGCCUAAAAAGGAAGGGGGAGAGGCGUACCUGGACCUUUUCACAACCAAGAACAUCAAACUCAAGGAGCGAGUGCUGAUCCCCGUCCAGCAGUAUCCCAAGUUCAACUUUGUGGGGAAGAUCCUGGGGCCGCAGGGGAACACCAUCAAGAGGCUGCAGGAGGAGACGGGAGCCAAGAUCUCCGUGCUGGGCAAGGGCUCCAUGAGGGACAAGGCCAAGGAGGAGGGCAUGAGGAAAGGUGGGGAGCCGAAGUACGCCCAUCUGUCCAUGGAGCUGCACGUCUUCAUCGAGGUUUUCGCGCCCGUCCCCGACGCCUACCUACGCAUGGCCCACGCCAUGGAGGAAGUCAAGAAGUUCCUCUUCCCUGACAUGAUGGACGAUAUCUGUCAGGAGCAGUUCCUGGAGAUGGGUUACCUGAACGGGGGCCAGGAGCACGGGGCCCGGGGCCGAGGGGGCCCCCCUCUCAGGAGCCGGGGCGCCCCCCCCAACGGAGCACCCAGGGGGAGGGGCAUGCCUCCCCGCGGCGGCGCCACCAGGGGCCCGGUGGCCCGCGGGGGCCCGGCCAGGGGCACCGCGGUCAGGGGAGCUCCAGCGGGCAGAGGCGGGCCCCCGGCGGCGCCCUCCAGGGGGGCGGCCGCGCCCCGGGCCAGACCCCCCACGGCCGGGCCCCCGCAGAGGAUGGCCCCGCCGCCCCCGCACCAGCACGCCCCCGCAACGGCCGAGGCCUACGAUGAAUACGCCUACGAUGAGAGCUACACGGAGCCGGACUACGAAUCGUAUGACAGCUACUACAGCCAGCCGCAGGCGGAGCCAGAGUAUUACGACUACGGACAUGGGGAGACAACGGAGACGUAUGAGUCCUACGGUCAGGACGACUGGAACGGCACCCAGCGCGCGGCCCCUGGGAAGGCCCCCCUCCCCCCUAGGGCUGCCAAGGCGCCGUACCGGGAGCACCCGUACCGACAGUACUGAGGCCGGACUCUGGCCCCGCCCACCGUAAACAGCGUUGCCCCUCCCCCUUUCCCAUAAGCCACCUCACCUCCUGACUGUCCACGAGGCAGCUGUCGCCUUUAAGCAGCUUCGACAAAAGUAAUUGUUCCCUUUUUAAAUCUUUACUUUGACCUCUUCUUUCUCUCCUUGGUUGGCGUUCUGCCCCGGUUACCCCUGGAUUUAUCCCCUCGCACAAGACGAGCCAAAAAGAGGAACUGGUUUUGGGGUUUGACAGCAAAGCCCUUUUUUCU